AAGAAAAUGUGGGUUUUUUGCCAGCCGGUCCUAUAGGUGGCAGCAAUGCGUAUAUUUGAAGCAGAAGUCGCAUAAUUCCAGGAAGAAGGUGAAGAAGAAAUAGCGAGGAAAAUGGUGGAUUCCGGGGAAAUUGUCGAGGGGUGUCGCCUUCCAGUUCUUAGAAAAAAUCAGGAGCAUGAAGACGAGUGGCCUUUGGCAGAAAUUCUCAGCGUUAAAGACAUCCCAGGGAGAAAACUCUACUAUGUCCACUAUAUUGACUUCAACAAGCGUCUGGAUGAAUGGGUGACCCCGGACAGGCUGGACAUGAAGAAACUGCAACUUCCUAAAAAGGAGGCGAAGACACCCACCAAAAAUGGCCUCCCUGGGUCACGGCCCAGUUCCCCUGAGAGAGACCCCGUGAGGAAGACUGUAGAUCUCAGCCUCCCAACUGCUACAUCUCCAUCCAGAGGCAAAACCAUCCCCACAACGAAGCGGAAAGCUGAGUCGGUCCCCCUAGCGACAGUGUCGCUGCCCACACCUGUGCCAUCGUUGCCCAGCUCCACGGAAACCACCCAGGCGGCUGUCUAUCCAGCUAUGAGGGACACCAACACCUUCGCCCAAAAGUGCAAUACGCGGGAUGAGCACGAGCAGGUCACCUCCCUGACCACGAAUGGUACAGCCCGUCCCCUCAUUCCCUCACAACCAGGCAGAAAGAGAAAAGCAAACUGCGGGGGAACUGAUGAGGACUCCCAAGACAGCUCGGAUGGCAUCCCCGCCGCCCCUCGCAUGACGGGCAGCUUGGUGUCGGACCGCAGUCACGACGACAUCGUCACGCGCAUGAAGAACAUCGACUGUAUCGAGCUGGGCCGCCACCGCCUGAAGCCCUGGUACUUCUCGCCCUACCCGCAGGAGCUCACCACCCUGCCCGUGCUCUACCUGUGCGAGUUCUGCCUCAAGUACCUCAAGAGCCUCAAGUGUCUGCAGAGGCAUCUGACGAAGUGCAACCUUCGGCACCCCCCGGGUAAUGAGAUCUACCGUAAGGGGACCAUUUCUUUCUUCGAAAUCGACGGCCGGAAAAACAAGACAUACUCUCAGAACCUGUGUCUGCUGGCUAAGUGCUUCCUGGACCACAAGACUCUGUACUAUGAUACCGACCCCUUUCUCUUCUAUGUGAUGACAGAGUAUGACUCCAAAGGCUUUCAUAUUGUGGGUUACUUCUCCAAGGAGAAGGAAUCGACAGAGGACUAUAACGUAGCCUGCAUCCUCACCCUGCCUCCUUACCAAAGGAGAGGAUAUGGAAAACUUCUCAUUGAAUUCAGUUAUGAGCUGUCCAAAGUGGAGGGGAAGACGGGCACCCCCGAGAAGCCCCUGUCUGACCUGGGCCUGCUGUCCUACCGCAGCUACUGGUCCCAGACCAUCCUGGAGAUCCUCAUGGAGCUCAAGCCUGACAAUGGAGAGAGGCCGCAGAUCACCAUCAACGAGAUCAGCGAGAUAACCAGUGUGAAGAAGGAGGACGUCAUAUCCACGCUGCAAUACCUCAACCUCAUCAACUACUACAAGGGUCAGUACAUCCUGACGUUGUCCGAAGACAUCGUGGACGGGCACGAGAGGGCCAUGGAGAAACGGCACCUCCGCAUCGACUCCAAAUGCCUCCACUUCACCCCCAAGGACUGGAGCAAGCGAGGGAAGUGGUAGAGGCCCCACCGGGCCGUCCGUCCACUGGCACCCACAGCCCUGUCUGCAGAGAGCGGACACGACUCUUCAGAUCAGAGUAACACACGCGAAAGUGUUCAUCGCUCUGUCGUCUGUCUCUUUUUCCCUUGAGAAUCUGUCCCAGUCCCCCUAAAUUAAAAGCUCAUUUCCACCACGGUCAUUACUCGGUCAUUGGGAUAUUGCACCCACAUUCAUUCAUCGAUGUGAACGAACCUCCUGUAGAGUGAAAAGGCCUAUUGGCCCUGACCGAGUUUUUCUCCGACACUACUGAAACAGGACCAGGUGCUUAACUGUUCUGCUGAUGGCUGAAUAGCAUUGGGCCAGCCUUAUUUUGCAUCUGUACCUGAUCCAUCACCUUCCCCCACAGAGGACACAUUAGGUUUUAUGGCUUUGUGGGCCUCCAGCAAAACCAUUCAUUUUGAUGGUAGCGAGCCAUUUUGGUCAGUGAUUUGGAAACCGCGUAUUUUGUCAAUAUGUCAAGUGGCUAACACAUUUUCCUUGUUAGUUUGAAUGAAUUGAACGACUGAAUGAAUUUUGUCAGCUGAAGGUCUGUCGUACUUCACUGCAAGGACACGGCCACAGUGAGAAUAGUCAGUCCGACUAAUACACCCAUGCGUGUAAGAUGGGGACCACUUCUAAUGUACAUACCACUUUGUAAAGUUUUAUUUUUUAAUACAGUAAUGCUUCUUUUUUUUUUUUGUUGGAUUAAAAGAAGUAUGGCGGCCAUUUCAAAUGCCGUGUUUACCUGUGACAGUUUGCAUUUAGCAACCCUGUACAGUUAGAUUUUUUUUGUUUGAGUAUUUAACCAUAUUUCCUUGGAAUGUGUUUAUUUUUCUUUUUUACCUUGGCUCCAUUUCUCAAAGGGUGAAAAUGGAUUUUGUUUUUUUAAAUAAGCACGUUUCAUAGUUAUCACAAAGCAUGUGUUAAAAAAAAAAAAAAAAUACCACGUGUUUUUCUCUGUUCAGAAAAAAGAUCUCUUAUUAAAUUUAUUUAUUGUAACCAAUCUAAUUAUAAAUCUGUACUAACUGAUUCAUUCUUCAGUAUUUAUCCAUGCUGUCUUGUCAAAGCAACCAUUGUGUAAAGUGUACUGAAGUCAAUGAACACCAGAUGUCACUGAUAGUCUAUCGUGAAAUGUAGGAAGUGGAGCGGGAAAGGGUUGACUUCCGAUGUUUUGCCAUAUUGCACGUUUUCACAUAGUGAGCGACAAGUAUGUGAUUAAAAUAAAAAGACCGAGAGUUCAUAA